UCUCUCUUUUUCCCUGCGAUCACUCUGUCUUAUAUAUUUGCAGAAAUUCAACCUCCAGAACUAGUAAUUUUCCAAACAGUCUGCCAAGGAUAUCGCUGUUUCAUUUUACUUGAUGUUCCUAGGUUUACUAAUGUAACCCGAUUUCAUGUCCUCCACAAAUGAAUCUGUGCCCACAGUUCCAUUUUUCUCCAUGCGAGAUAAUUUGCAAAAGUUUAUCAAAGCUGGUAGAAAGGCAUUAUAUGAUGAUGACAAUGCAAGUCUAGCAUUAGAGCUUUUCAAGAAAGCCUACCAAUAUUCUUGCAGAAUACCAGAUGCACAGGUUCAAAGGAUAUGUCUGUUCAACUUAGGUGCUGCUUAUAUUGCUGCAGGUAAAGCCAAAAAGGGACUUAAGUGUCUAGUGAAAUCCAAAUGGAAAGACUCCAGAGAACACGAUGGUGACCUCUAUUUUAAUAUCGCAAAUGCUUAUGAUGAGAUGAAGGAGUAUUUCAAGGCUGUCACAUUCUAUAAUAAAGCUGUCAGAACCUAUAACAUACAGGAGAUUAGCAGUAUUGCCGAUGCUCAGAUAAAAUUAAGCUACUGCUAUAAAAACACUGGCGAUCUUGUUUCUGCCGUACAUACCUUCAGACUGGCUAGCGAGUCAUAUCAAAGAGCCCAGAAAGCUGAAGAUGCCACUAUGGCAAUGGGAGAGGCCAUGAAUUGUAUGAAGCAAAGUCAACAUUUCUCCAGGAAUGAAAUGCUUAAAGUAUUAAAUGAAUGUUUGCAGCUAUGUAAACAGGUCAAAAACAGCAAUAUACAAGAAAAACUCUAUAAUGACAUAGGAUUGCAUUAUGUUGAGAUGAAAUUCUUCCGUCAAGCAGAGGAGUGUUUUACAUAUUCAUUCAGCUCUUGCAAGAGGGAUGCCGUUAAUGCCCAGAAGACAGCUGUGUUACUUCAGAACCUUGGAGCUGUUUAUAAUGCACUACAUCAAUAUGAAAAGUCGUUAAAGUGCCAUGCUGAAGCAAUGGAAAUCUAUGGAGCUUUGGGGAAGACAAAAUCCCAAGGACAUUGCUUGUACAACUUUGCAUAUGCAUACAGCCAGCUGGAAAAUUAUAACAUGGCAGCAUUUUACUACCAACAGGCUUUACAGACAUUUGAAGAUAUAGGUGAUUUCUGUGGACAAGGUCGAGUUUGUGAAGGUCUUGGUGCUACAAUGUUUUAUCUUGGCAAUAUGGAUCAGGCGAUCUCCUGUUACAAACAAGCAAUGAAUGCAUUUAAAAAGUCAAAGGAGCCAUCAGCUAGGCACUUACAAAGAAUUGUGGGCAAACUAAGGAAUGUGAUUGACUAUAAACUAAGACAAAAGUUUGAUAAUAUGCCCAGAGAUGAUAACACUAUGAAUAACUCAAAAUGUGAAUUCCUCUCCCUAACACCGUGACUGAUUUGACUGGCUUGCGCUAUACUCAAAAGAAGACCAGGAAAAUAAUGUUUGAUUUAUGCAACAUCUGUGCAUAUCAACUCUCAUCAGUAGGCCUCCACUGCACCACAGGAAAAUGAGCAAUAACAACAUAUGAACCUAUGAACAUUUGCAAGAAGAGGAAGCAAGAGAAAGCAUCGUUGUAGACUGUGCAGUUUUCUAACAACUUAUUUUCUGGAUAUAGCACCAUAUUUUUGGCAGCAAACUUUAAAUAAGAAGUUCACAUGGAGUAUGUAGCCCACUAUAAAUUUUCUAAUUAAUCCCGUCAACAUUUUUAUUCAUUAAUAUUUUUUUAUUUCAUUGCCUAAUUUCCAGUUGAUUUCCUUAGAAAAUAUCUGAUUCAACCCAAUGGAUUAUCCAUACAAUUACAAUUUGCAUAAAAAAUAUUCUUACUGUAAAAUGGUAAUACAAUUUGCUAAUGAAAAAAAACUUAAAUUACUUUUGCUGUGUGUGUGUUUUGAUGAAAAUUAUUACAUUAUUUAUGGACCUAUUUUGAAGUUAUUUCAUAUGUAUAUCUGCUAAUUAUUUGUAACACUUUGGCUGAGACUGUGGCCAAACAGGGUUCCAAGACCAAAACACUGACCAUGUUAACAAUUUAGGUUUAUAGAAUUAACAGUGCAGUUCUGUGAUAACCUUGAAUAGUCACACAUGAAAAACUGGGAAGUGUCAUCCAACCGAAAGUUACUGAUGUCUAUUCUUUCUAUGAAUAUGUAACGCAAACAUUCUAUGAAUAUGGCCACCCGUGAUAUUCAAUGACCUAAAACUGCCAUGCCAAAAAUUUGUAUACACAGGCAUGAUGUUUGAUGUGCUUUCAUGAAUCCAUAUAAUAUACAGUAUAUAUACUUCACCAAUCAUAUAUACAUAUCUGUGUUAUCAAAAUGCAACCUGUUGUCUGUUUGGUCUGUACUAUUAUUGCAAUGAGCAAAAUACUGAUGUUUCCUUCUUUGCCAGUUAUAUCAAAACUAGAACUGGAGAAUAUUUGUAUUAAUGUUCUGCACUAUUCAUUAGGCAGUGAGGGUCAAGUACAAGUUAAAGCUAUUUCAAUAAUAUGGGCCAGCUACAGUGUUAAUCACCCAGUGAUCACAAGUCUUCAAAAUAUUCCAAGUCUAGAUGCAUAAAAGUGCCAUAUGGAAAUUUCACUAAAAUUAUUAAACAGUUCAGAAGUUAUGUAUGUUUGAG